GCGGAGAGCACAGCCGAGACCGGCGCGCUUGCGGAGCCGCGGGUGAGAGGCUGAGCACACCAUCACAUCCAAGGUACCAGCAAGUCUUUUGGUUUUAUCUCCAAAAUAUGUCUUGAUUUUGUGUGCUUCUUUUCCACCACCCUGUUCUAAGCUCCUAUCAUCUCCUGUUUGAACCACUUCUUCUAGGAGAGACUUGUGAAGAUGCUUAAAGAGCAUCCAGGGAUGGCGGAAGGUCCUCAGCAGCAGAUGGGUGCUCUUGUGGUGAAACUGGAGAAAGAGUUGCCGUGGGGCAGGGGAAGGGAAGACCCUAGUCCUGAGAUGUUUCGUCUGAGAUUUCGGCAGUUCCGAUACCAGGAGGCAGCUGGACCCCAAGAAGCCCUCAGGGAGCUCCAGGAGCUCUGUCGCCAGUGGCUGCGGCCAGAGCUGCACACCAAGGAGCAGAUCCUGGAGCUGCUGGUGCUGGAGCAGUUCCUGACCAUCCUGCCCCGGGAGUUCUACACCUGGAUUCGGGAGCAGGGCCCGGAGAGCGGCAAAACCCUGGUGGCCAUGGUGGAGGACCUGAUGGAGAGAGCGCCUGAGGCCAAGGCGGUUCCAUGCCACGUGCAGGGAGAGCAGGAGGAGACAACACUCUGCAGAGGCACGUGGGAGCCAGGUGUCCAUCUGGGGCCAGUGGAGGUCAAGCCCGAGUGGGGGAUGCCCCAUGGGGAAGGAGUUCAAGGCCUUGACCAGGGCACCGAGGAGCAGCUCAGUCAGGACCCUGGAGGCGGGACGCAAGCUUUCCAGGAGCAGGCACUGCCUGUUCUUCAGGCAGGUCCUGGCCUUUCCUCAAUGAGCACCAGAGACCAAGAGGUGGCAGCUGGGUUUCUUACAGCCAGAUCCCAGGGGCUGGGGCCAUUUAAAGAUAUGGCCCUGGCCUUCCCUGAGGAGUGGAGGCACAUGACCCCAGCCCAGAUAGACUGCUUUGGGGAAUACGUGGAACCACAGGACUGUGGAGUCUCUCCAGGCGUUGGGAGCAAGGAAAAGGAGGCAAAACCCCAGCAGGAAGACCUUAAAGGGGCAUUUACUGGACUAAUGUCAGAGAGGUUUGGAGAAGCUGCCCUCCAGGGCCCUGGGCUCGGAAGAGGCUGUGAGCAGGAGCCUGGAGGCUCUGUGGGUGGUGUGGCUGGGCUUCCUCCUCCCCAGCACGGUGCCAUCCCUCUGCCUGAUGACCUCAAAACCCACAGCUCCUUCUGGAAGCCUUUCCAGUGCCCCGAGUGUGGAAAAAGCUUCAGUCGAAGCUCCAAUCUCGUCAGGCACCAGCGAACCCAUGAAGAGGAGAAAUCCUAUGGUUGUGUUGAGUGUGGGAAAGGCUUCACCCUGAGAGAAUAUCUCAUGAAGCACCAGAGAACCCACCUGGGAAAGAGACCUUACGUGUGCAGCGAGUGCUGGAAAACCUUCAGCCAGAGACACCACCUGGAGGUCCACCAGCGGAGCCACACCGGGGAGAAGCCCUACAAGUGCGGGGAUUGCUGGAAGAGCUUCAGCCGAAGGCAGCAUCUGCAGGUGCACCGGCGGAUGCACACUGGGGAGAAGCCCUACACCUGCGAGUGCGGCAAGAGCUUCAGCAGGAACGCCAACCUGGCCGUGCACCGGCGUGCCCACACAGGAGAGAAGCCCUAUGGGUGCCAGGUGUGUGGGAAGCGGUUCAGCAAAGGGGAGCGGCUGGUCCGACACCAGAGGAUCCACACAGGAGAGAAACCCUACCACUGCCCUGCCUGCGGGCGAAGCUUCAACCAGAGGUCCAUCCUCAACCGGCACCAGAAGACCCAGCACCGCCAGGAGCCCCUGGCGCAGUGAGGGCACCAUGUGGCGGGCAGCCUUGGCAAGGGGUGCCAUUCAUCUCGCUCAGCGAAGGGCUGUGGGGGGUGGAAUGAUGGUGUGCAGAAAGGCACUCUGGCCCAUUUCCACCCUUUCUCAAACUUGGCAAGAGGGUAAGGCCUAGUUUUUAUUUAGAGCUUCCAGAGAGCAUAGCUGCUCAUGUCUCUUAUCCAAGUGGUGCUAACACUUUCUCUUACUCUUUUUUGGGGGAAAAAUAUCCUGAGCUUCAGUUCAGGCCAAGGUUUUUCUCCAGUGAGGUGUGUUCAUAGCCACAUCCUGAGCAAACCUGGUAAUAAAGGCAAAAUUUUGUUACGUGUUGGCAGCUCAAACCUCAUUUUUUUGAGGGCUCUAACCUGCUGCAAGAUCAUUAGUUUGGACUCUGUCCAUCCCCCCACCCACUCUUCCAUUUAACAAAUAUUUAUUAAACACCUCCUAUGCUCCUGGCACUGGGCAUAUGGUGGUGAAGGAGAGAGAUGAGACUGUCCCCACGGAGCUUGUGAUGUGGCAAUGGGAACAUGUAAAACAGUCAUAACCCAAAGUGCUAAGUACCACCUGAGAGGAUCUUCUCACUUGCUGGCUGUGCCCUGCCUGUUCCCGUGCUGGGUCCUCCCCAACCCCGGCUGGGAUCUUCUCAGGCAGCCUCAUUUAUUUUACUUUAUUUGUAGCCACCUUUGUCUCAUCUGUAAAAUUUCACCAUUCUGUUACUCCUUACACUAUAAAAACUGUCAGCACAUUAACUA